UUUAGAAAGCUAUCUAACGUUGUAACGCUAUGGCUCGUACCAAGCAGACCGCUCGUAAGUCUACUGGAGGAAAGGCUCCUCGUAAGCAACUGGCCACAAAGGCAGCCCGCAAAAGUGCCCCGGCUACCGGAGGAGUGAAGAAGCCUCAUCGUUAUCGGCCAGGAACUGUUGCUCUGCGUGAAAUCCGUCGUUAUCAAAAAUCGACUGAGCUCCUGAUCCGCAAGCUUCCGUUCCAGCGUUUGGUUCGUGAAAUCGCUCAGGAUUUUAAGACCGAUUUGCGUUUCCAGAGCUCUGCCGUCAUGGCCCUGCAGGAAGCUAGCGAAGCUUACCUAGUUGGUCUCUUUGAAGAUACCAAUCUGUGCGCAAUCCACGCCAAGCGUGUGACUAUUAUGCCAAAGGACAUCCAGCUGGCUCGUCGUAUCCGUGGAGAGCGUGCUUAAGUUUGCUUAAGAAAAACGCCAUUUUGACUGAUCUCAACUUAUCUGCAAAUGUACAAAAAACGGUCC